CACUUUAAAACAUCAGGAAGUGAAAGUCUAAACCACAUGUUGGAAGAAUAAAUGACACACAUCGCCAUACAAGGAGUGCUGUUUGUGAAGCCUCCCACUGCAGUCGCUGUUCCAGCAGAGACGUCUCCUCCAUGAUGUCACAUACAGCCAACCCCGUCAUGUCCAAAGAGACUCCCGCCUCCGAUAUGUCCUCACCACCACCGCCAUACCCCUACCAAGGGGAGCAGCCUCCACCCUACUCUGAAGCCGCAACAAUGUACUCUCCACCCAAAACUGAGACAACUUGCGUCUAUCAGCCGGCCAGUGGGUACGAGUCAUUUCGUGACAUCAUUCCUGAAGCCCAGACGGACACAGCAGCCCUCAUAGCCUCGUCUUCUUUUGAAGACAAGACAGUGAGAAGAGGGUUUGUUAUAAAGGUGUUCAGCAUCCUGACCCUCCAGCUGCUGUUCACCUUCAGUGUCGUGUGUGUGUUCACCUUCUCUAAAGUGGUCAAAGAGGCGGUGCAGACCCACCUGUGGGCUUACUUCAGCUCCUUCAUCAUCUUUGCUGUGGUCGCCAUCACCCUCAGCUACUGCAAGUCCUUCAGUCGCCGUCACCCCUGGAACAUUGUGGGCCUGGCUGUGGUCACCCUGAGCUUGUCUUACAUGGUGGGAACCGCUGCCUCCUUCCACAACACCACUGCUGUGGUCAUCACUAUGGGAGCAACGCUGGCUAUUUCUCUGGCCAUCAUCGCUUUCUCAGCACAGACUCGUUAUGAUUUCACAAUUUGUUAUGGUAUUCUGCUGAUUCUGGCUGUGGACCUGAUCAUGUUUGGGUUCUUCUGCACCUUCUACUACUCCUACAUCUCUGAAAUUGCCUACGGAUGUCUGGGAGCGCUGCUGUAUUCACUGUUUCUGAUGAUCGACUGUCAGCUGAUGAUGGGGAUGAUGAGCUUCCGCCUGGAUCCUGAGGAAUACGUCAACGCUGCUCUCAUGAUCUACCUUGACAUAGUUCUCAUCUUCCUCUACCUACUGGGGAGGAGGUGAAACUGUACACACAACACACAUGUACACAGACACACACACACACUCCAAACUGUAUCAAUAAUGAAAAUGUCCUUUAUUAUUAUUAUUAUUCAUAUAAUGUAACUGAUUACCAGUGUUUUCACAGACUCUUUUCUUCUUUGUCUCA